AUGGUGUCCGGUGACCACGGAAGAAACUCUCCACGAUGGUGUCCGAUGACCAUGAAGGAGACUCUCUACAAUGGUUUUGUGACGGCGGUCAUUUUCUGCUCUUUCAUAUCGAGGAAUGUUCUGGCCUCUGAUUCCAGGCCUUCUGGUGGAAAUGCAUCUACAGAGAUCAAAUGCCCGACUCCCUGCCUGUGCAGCUAUGAAUACAAUGAUGAGUACAACAUCUUCUGCAGCUCCCGGAAUCUUUCCCAGAUUCAAGAUCAGCUGCCGACUAAUGUCCGAUCUCUGUGGCUUGAUGGCAACAACCUCACCACUCUGCCAAAAGAAGCCUUCAAAAAUCUGUCCCAGCUCGAUUUCCUCAACCUGCAGAGCAGCCAUUUGCAUAGUCUGGAGCAACACGCCCUCCAUGGGCUGAAGUCUUUGGCCCACCUACACUUGGAAAGGAACAUGUUGAAGUUUCUGGCUCCCAACACCUUUCUUCACACUCAGAACUUGGUGUCUCUGAGUCUCAACAACAAUUACUUUACUAAAAUUGAAGAUGGUUUGUUCUCUGGACUCUCAAACCUUUGGUACUUGAAUUUGGGAUGGAAUUUACUGGUGGUUCUCCCAGAUACGGUGUUUCACGACCUACCGAAUCUAAGAGAGCUUGUCUUGGCUGGAAACCGCUUGACCUAUCUUCAUCCUCCUCUGUUCCUCAGCCUGGUUGAGCUAAAGGAGCUAGAUUUAAGCGGAAACCAGCUGAGGGGAAUAAAGGCUCACAUCUUCACAAAGCUACACAAGCUCCAAAAACUGUAUCUCAACCACAACAUUAUAUCUACCAUUGCUCCGAGAGCUUUUGCGGGCAUGAAGUCCCUACGGUGGCUGGAUUUGUCCCAUAAUCGUUUGUCGGCUUUGUCCGAAGACACCUUUUUCGGUUUGUUGAGCCUCCAUGUUUUACGAUUAUCCAACAACUCCCUUACAAGCCUAAGGCCAAGGGUUUUCAAAGAUCUCCAGUUCUUAGAGGAGUUAAAUCUUGGGCACAAUAAGAUUAAGAGUCUUACCGAAAAGGCAUUUGAUGGUUUGGACCAACUAGAGUUUCUGUCUUUAAAUCACAACAGCAUUCAAGAGAUUCGUCCCGGGGCAUUUUUGGGACUCCUCAAUGUGGCAGUGAUGAACCUUUCUGGGAACUGCCUCAAAACUCUCCAAGAACAUUCUUUUAGAGGUCUGGGCAAGCUUCACAGCUUGCACUUGGAAAACAGUUGUCUCAGCAAAAUAAAGCCGCACGUGUUCUCAGGCCUUUCAAAUCUCCGGAGGCUCUUUCUCCAGCGGAAUGAAAUUUUAGGUAUAGAUGAUAACAGCUUCUCUGACCUUCAAGAUCUGCUUGAGCUUGACCUCCGCCUCAAUAGGUUGACCCAACUUUCAGCCAAAUGCUUCACUGGGUUGAAUGACCUUUCUUACCUUCUUCUUUCUAAUAACCAAAUCCUAACCAUUUCUUCAGAGACCUUCAGUCCGUUUCAGAGGCUCCACUGGCUUGACCUUUCAGAUAACCAACUGAGUUCCACAGCUGCUGAUCUAUUCCAGCCUUUAUCUCACUUGAGGUAUCUCAGUCUACAACGGAACCCCCUGAAAACCAUUUCCGUUAGUUUCUUGCUGACAAACUCCCCAUUGGAGCAGCUUUGGUUGAAUGGAAACCAGUGGGAUUGCAGCUGCCCACUUAAAGACCUCAGAAACUUCUGCUUAAGAAAUGCCACCAUUGUCCCACGGCUGGUGCAGUCUGUUUCAGAGGGUGAUGACCUUAGUCCUCCAAGUUACAUCUACAACAAUAUCACCUGUGCCAGUCCUCCUGAGGCUGUAGGCCUGGAUUUGCGGGAUUUGACUGACAAACACUUUUUUAAUUGUCCCUGAUAAUAUGGAGUUGGCUACUUGGCAA